AUGACUGGUGCUAAACAUCAUCAGUUAUCAACAACAGAGAAUGCCGUUGACACCAACGGAGGUGAUGACAAUGAGCACGGAGAGAUGGAACGUCUUCAGUGGACUGGAAAGUUUGAUUUCUUAAUGAGCAUGAUUGCAUAUGCGGUCGGAUUAGGAAAUGUUUGGCGUUUCCCAUAUCUUUGCUUCAAAAACGGUGGAGGAUCGUUUCUAGCGGCUUAUGCUGUUUUCUUCUGUUUGGCGGCUGUUCCAAUUUUCAUAAUGGAAGUAACGAUGGGUCAAUAUCUUCAAAGAGGAGCUAUGGAGAUGUGGCAAAUGUGUCCUAUUUUCAAAGGAGUGGGAAUUGGAAAUGUUGUGAUAGCAUUCAUGUGCAUAGCAUACUUCUGUGUUAUCGUCAGCUGGGCAAUUUUCUAUAUGAUCUCAUCUUUUAACUCCACAUUCCCAUGGGAGACAUGUACCAACUACUGGAAUGAUCACACUUGUAUAACGGGACGUGAAAACCAAUCGGCACUCCUCAAGAUCGUCCAAAACCUAUCAACGACUGGUGAUAUGACUCAGUCAUCUGUUGAACAGUUCUGGGAAAAUCGUGUACUGCAACAGACGUCCGAUAUUUCCACAUUAGGAGGAAUUCAAUGGGAAUUAUUCUUCAUAAUGCUGGGUGCCUGGCUUAUUAUCUAUUUUGCUUUAUGGAAAGGAAUAACACAAGCCAGAAAAUUCGUCUACUUCUGUGCACUGUUCCCUUAUUUCUUGAUUAUUGUUCUUCUGAUCCGUGGAUUGACACUAGAAGGAGCUUCUACAGGAAUAUACUACUAUCUGAAACCGAACAUAACACGGCUAUCAGAUAUUACUGUAUGGAAAGAUGCUGGAACUCAGGUAUUCUACUCAUAUGGUGUUGGUUUCGGAGCCUUGAUUGCUCUUGGAUCACACAACAAGUUCAACCACAAUUGCUUCCGUGAUGGCUUCAUUAUGUGCUUCAUCAAUGGUUCAACCUCAAUCUUGGCUGGAUUCGCUGUGUUCUCUAUUCUCGGAUAUAUGUCUGUCGUUGCAAACAAAGACAUUGCAGAAAUUGUUAAACCAGGAGUCGGACUGGCCUUCUUAGCUUACCCUGAAGUUUCAAGCAAUCUCCCACUUAAACAAGUAUGGGCUUUCCUAUUCUUCUUGAUGAUCACUAUUCUCGGUCUUGACAGUCAGGUCUGUAUGUUAGAAGGAUUAUUUACAGCUCUUGAAGAUACAUUCCCUAACUACUUGAGGAAAUAUCGAAAAGAAUCUCUAGGAGUUAUUUGUUUGUUCUUUUUCAUUCUUGGCAUACCCAUGGUCACGCGGGCUGGCGUUUACUGGCUCACCGUUGUUGAUGCAUACGGUGCUAGUGGAUAUGCUCUUCUCUUCGUGGUAUUCUUCGAAGUCGUUGGGUUAUCGUGGGGCUUCGGAGCUGCAAGAGUCCGAGCAGCACUAAAAGAAAUGACUGGACAUACAGUAUCUAAGGGAUGGAUCUUCAUCUGGAAGUAUGCUGCUCCAGCCACCAGCUUGAUACUCUUCUUGCUCUGCAUUAUUUUCUAUCAUCCAAUUCAAUACCCAGAUCGUAGAGAUUACCCGUGGUGGGCUAAUGCUUUUGGAUUCCUCUUAUCAUCAUGCUCCAUGGUCGUUAUCCCCGGUUACGCAUUAUAUUAUCUCCUCUUCUGCAAUAGAGAUUUAUCCUUCAAAGACCGGAUUUUACGAGGUAUCCAAGCUCCAGAAGAGUUGAAAACUGGACGUCCAGAGGUUGUGCACACUGGUGAAGAAAUGCGCUUCAUUGAUACUCGUGAAUAA